AAAACUGUACAAGGCAGGCAUAAAGAUGCUUAUUUGCAUCAAGAUGCAGACUAUUAAGUAAGGGAAAGGAUGGAAAAAGUGUUCUGGUUGUGCGAACAAAAAUCUAUCAAAAAGUCCAGGAAAAAACAUAUUCAACAAUAAUGAAUAACACGAACGGGUCCGAACCACGACGGCAGGGGCCACCAGCAGCGGCUGUGUCGCCCCGAGUGACUCAGUCGUUGGCGCAGUUCGAUGCGGAGAUUGAGGAACAAUUACGACGACAAGUGCGCGUCCAACAGCCACCUCUGCCAGUUGGACCGAGCGUGGUGCCCAAUGGUGCCUUUCCUGGCUCCCUCACACCUGGGUGGAACGACCCACCACUACUGAACCACGACUCGGUUCUGGGUAAUGCCAACAGUCGGCGGCCACGCAUAGAUCCACGUCGUCGCGCGCCCUACCCCAUCGAGGGCAAUUCAGGACUCUUUUUCCCAAACCCGGAGGCAGGCGGUGCUGAGCCCUCUUCUCGCCCAACAGCCAUGGUAAUGCCGCGUCAGCUGCCACUGCCGCCUGACGCAACCAAUGGCGCUGCACACCACGAGCCCGAUGAGGGUACAGUACCAACCCGUGGACGGCCCGCAUCAGGCAAUGCUGCGUCCAGAGUGCCCACAGCCGUGGUGCCACCUCGCAUGAAGAAACCCAAUCAUGCAAAUUUACCCCACUUUUAGAUCGUAAUCAAUUGAUGUAUCAUAGAAAUUUCAAAUUCUUGUGUGUAAGCAUUCGCAAACUGCGGUAGAAUGCAUUUAGGGAUUACGUUAAACUCCCGUUUGCGACACCUCCCCAGGACCUACGUCAGGAUGACACAUCAAUACUCCCUUCUGUAAUCCAGUAGAAUGCACGUAAAAAUAUACAACUCUAAUCAUA